UGACAAAAAAAUGCCUGUUCACAUUUUUACUAAUUUCUUAUCAUAUCAAUCGUAUCGUAGAAAAUUACGCAGAGGUUCAAACGUAACUAUUCUAUACCGUCAUGGAAGGAUAUUGCAGAGCGCACGUUCCAGUUGAUGCAGCAACGAAUACAUCUGAAAUUUCAUUACUCUCCAGGUGCUUUGACAGCGUCAACAUGUGAAAUAAGCAAGCCACCUAAACCAGAUUAUGGCCAAGAAAUCAUCUAUGACAAGGCAUUGACAAGGACAUUUAAGGCAAAUAAUGAAGUGCCAGAACCCUUACAACUGGAAAUGUAUCACCUUAUUAUGGAUCAGCUGCAAAGUGAAGACAUGGCCAAAAAGAGUUUUAAGAAGCUAUCGGAUGAAAUAAUCGCAAUUUUGGAUAAUCGUCGUAAUGAAAUGGAACAUCCAAUACUACAAUUUCGACUAUUUGAUUCAAUGCGAAACGGUGCUGCUAGAUCCAAAUGUUUGAAAGAGGUUUUGGAGGAAGGAAACGAACAGGAUCAUUCUCAGCAUAAAAAUGACAUCUGUUGAAUAAAAUCAAAUUGGGAAAACAUUGGCUGGUAUUAUGUGGCACUUCAUAGUGUAUUUCACACAGUUUAUUUUUGCAAUAUAUAUUAUAUCUAA